AAAAACGCUACGUUCCGACCAUGGUUUUUGGCCCUUUUCAAGCAAUCUGUCAGGAGACCUUAUAUAUACGUUAACUAUACGUUUGAAUAUAAAGUUGUUUCUCUCUGAUAAUACGCAUGCGCGGAAGACAGAGGUACCGCCGCUAGGGCCGCUAGUAACAUCGUUUCCUGCCGCCAUUUGCUUUCAGGCCGGUUCCCUCUUCCCGCGUUGUUGCACGUGGUGUGUCGUGCGUAUUCGGCCGCGAGCUGUUUUCGCACGUGUUUAUUAACAAAUGUGAUAUAUCCUUUAUACACAAAAGUCUACCAAUUACAUUAAGUUAAUAUAAAUUUUUUUGUGAGAAUAGAAUAAUUCCAUUAACAACAAUGACGUCGUUAGCGGCACAACUGAAAAAAUUGAGAACCCCGCAGACGAACUUGCUGCUGCAAGAUAAGAAGCGCCCUAGCUUGUUGUUCGACCCGAAGGAGGCUGCGAAUUUGGACAGGCACACCGUGCUCAGUAUAGGUCAGAAUGGUCUGGAAGAAUUACGGAAGCUCUCGAAGGUGUUCGACGAAUUUCAGUCCACAUUAUUUGCCGAGAGCUCUGUAGACUUCGAAAGAGCUGUCCAGGAUACUAAGAUAAAUAAGCAACUGGAUGCGGAGAUUGCGAAAUUUUUGGUAUUCGCGACUCCGUACUUUGUACAGAAUGCCUGCCACAAAGCCCUGGAGUGGCUUAUAUUCAGAUACCACAUUCAUCAGUACAAUCGAGAUCAGUUUAUUCUUUUAAUUCUGCCGUACCAUGAGACACGCAUGUUUAUUAGAGCCCUGCAACUGAUAGACUUGUCAGACGAGAGCGAUAAAUGGCAUUGGUUGGCACCUGUGCAAAAGUGCGGUAUGAUGCUGCCUUCCGGAAUUUUCGUCAAGCAUUUGAUCUCGGAUAAAGGACUUCUGAAAACGCUGUGCGGUCAUGUAACAUUUGCCGCGCAAACCUAUUCGAGUGAGGCAUCUUGCCUGACUACUUUGUACGCAUUUUACACUACCACAGUAUUACGUACCAUUGAACUGACGUCCGUCACUGAGGUUCAGAUCAGCUAUUUGUUACCGACUAUUCUUUGUGGAUUGAAAAGUUCCAUCCCCGAUUUCGCUGCCAGCAGCUAUAUUAUCAUUGCGCAACUAGUAACGAAGGUGAAAUUGAACGACGACACCAUGGAGAAGUUACUGCUAAUAAUGUUCAAGAGGACGCACUUGAAGAAGGACGCUACCAUACUUUUACUUCAACUCUAUCAACCUUCAGUUAAUCAAUUAACUAUUGUACCGCAAAGUUUGGUCCUUCAAUUGUCCAAACUACCGUGGUUUGUUGAGACAGCUGCCAAGAUUAAUUCAGCAAACAUCAACGCGUCGCGAUUUAUUGUGCCUCUCCUUCAAGCAGCUUGUCAACUUGUCGUCGAGGAUCCUGAAGGCACCAGCAAAGUGCAGAACAUGAUUGGCAACAUAUUGGAACACAAUAAACUCGACGAUAAUGCGGUAAACGCAAUUUUACGUGGUGUACUAACACACGAAUACUUCAAGAACGACACUUCGGAAGUUGCAAAAGAUUUUUUAGCCAAGUUCUAUCAGAACUUUGAGCGCAGCUAUCCAGAGAAUUUCGACUUGUUUCUAAGAAAAUUGAUGACGCGGAGCGAGAAUGACGAAAACACCAAACAGAUGUUACACUUCCUUACAUCGUGGCCCUUUGGUACCAAGGACACGCAGGAAUUCGUGGAGAUACUGAACAAACUAACGCACGCCAACACCGCGUACCGAGUGGCCGCUCUCCAAAUCCUCGCCAAGAACAACAUGGACGUGCCUGAGAGCUUUCGCGGUAUGAUGACGGACAUUCUUACAGCAAAGUUCGACGACAACGACGUGAACGUUGUGAAGGCUCUAUUAUCUUUCCCCACCAAGAGGUUGCUCAGCUUAUUAUCUAGACACACUGUGAAGAAUAAAUUAUUGUUCUUGUUGUUAACGUGUCACACGGCAUCGCGAAAAGUGUUAGCUAAGUUAGCCUUGAAGAUGCUCUUAGAACUUUGCGAAGAAAGUGACGAUACCUGCGUCUUCAUCGCGGCUUUACCGUACUUAUUUCCUGCUACGGACGACGAUGUAGACAUUGCUAUGGAAGUUCUAAAUUCGAACUUUGCCAUGAACAAUAAGUAUAUGCAGCAGGUGGUAAAUGAUAUCAGUAGUGUAAGAAGGUGUAACAAUAACAAGGUGAACGCCGAAGCAGUGUCCUCUGCUGCUUUUCACAACAUCUUAAACUGUGCGCUGCUACCACCCACCGAAAGCAUACUAAGUUCUAUGCAACAACAAAUGCUGCACGGUGACGCGGCGUCUCUUUUCUUCAACAUGAUUCUACUAGGAUCGGUUUGUAGGGUACCCGUGGGCAUGUUGCCGGCCAGAACUGCGCGGGAAGUCAUUGAGAUGGCCACGAAGAUGAUCAAGACAUAUCCACGCGUUAAGCUAUUGCGCAACUGCAACAACAUCACCGGUGACAAUAUUCAAAUGGCACUGAAACUCACAUCUGAGGGAAUUCUGCCGCUUCAAGUGGGCACUUACGUUCUCGAAAUGGUACACAGGCGGUUGAACAUCAAGUCUGAGCCAAAACUCGACUUUGACGAUAAUACGGAGCGAAGCAAUCUAAUCUUACGACUCCUAGAGAUGAUUUUCGAAGGCUUAAAUAAUCGACGCUGGCAUAAGCACUACUCCAGAUGUUUAGAAAUCUUCUUCCAGCUACAUUUUGCCACGGCGAAAGAUACCAUCUGCUUUCUCGCGCAGUUCUAUGCACCACCCGUCACAGCGCAAACGUCCUAUCACUGUUUGCAGAUUUCUCUACUGCUGCUGGAUCAGUGUAAAUCCGUCCAAUGGGCAUUCCAUGAUCAGGAUUUUGUAAUCAAUUUGCUGCUUUCGUUGUCGAGACAAAACGACGCAUGCAGAAAAGUGACGCUGCAAGUUUUGAACAAACUAACACGAACCUUUACCCUCGACGCGGAACCGUCCUUCGUGUUUUUACAGAAACUGACGAAAACAGAGUCUUCGUGGAUCUGCAAUGACCCUCAGCGUCUUACAUAUGGUUGCUACAUCUUCUUAUCUCCAAAUUCGUUGUCUCAUGAGAUGAAAGAACAUAAACAGCUGAAACAUAUUCGGAAGCUCUUAUUUAAAGUGGCGAUACAGGACGACGAAUCAGCAAAAAUUCCUUUGGAUCGACGAGCACAGCUGCUUGACAUCCUGAUGGCCGUUAACAGCACCGAAAUCCUUCAGCAACUGGCUCCGAUGGGUCUUCAGCUUUUACAAAAACUUGCGGAGAAUCCAGAAAAUCGAUCGGCCGGUAGCGCUUUACGAAAUAUACUAGACCGUCUUGCCGGAGACACGCUAGAUGCUUUGAAGGACGAAACAGUAUGGUUGCUUUUCCAGAAGAGUAUCUUGGUUUACGAACCCUGUGCGGUCUUGGACAGCAGCCUGCAGAACAAACUCAAGCCGCCGUGCGCUAUCGUACUAAAACGGUUCAGUUGUAUCUUUGACAUGCUAACUGACGAUUUCCAGGUGCGCAUUCUUUCCAUGAUACUGGAUGUGAUGAUCGAUUGCGAGGUCAGCAAACUGGUCUCCGUUGCAAGCAGUGUCCUCGAACACUAUUGUAUACGCGGCAUUGAUGCGUCAGUCCUGAUCCCAGAGCUGGAGGCGAUGAAGAUGAGUGGCCAGAUUCAGGAGGAGUCAACAAACCUGGAGGCAUCGUCGAGCAUGAAAAAACGGAAGAAGCGACAAAGUCAUAUCCAAUUGGCACACCCGGCGAUGGUCCACAGUCGGACGUGGAAGCGCGGGCUCUGCCUGCUGGAGUUCGUAGAGCGGGCGGAAAAAAUCAAACGUGAAGAACAGCUCUAUGAUAUUCUAUUUAACCUGUUGAACGUUUGUUUGAGCCUGGAGGAACAGAGCCCGGUUGAUUACACAAAUCAGUUGCUUCUCUCGACAAUGUAUCGCAUGAUGCUGAAAGAGCUGCCAAUGCGUGAUGCCAGUUCGCGAAUCAGCCUCAUUGUCAAAUGCAUCAGGCUGUCACGCAAUCCGCAGACCCAUUAUCACGCUUUGCUGGUGCUGGUGGAAUUCUUGAAGAAGAUGGACGUGCAUCGCGCUCUCAUCCAUCUCAUGCCCAUCUUCACGUUUAUGGGCAGCACGAUAGUGCGUCAGGAUGAUGCAUACUCCAUUCAAAUUAUCUCUAAGACUCUGGAGACAAUAGUGCCGAUCAUAAACACGACCGACAAUACGUCACAAGCCUGCGAGUUACUGAGGACCUUUAUCGGCUCGUUGCCUCAUAUACCUGAACACAGGCGCAUGCCGCUCUUUGUCAAAUUGUUGCAGCUUCUUGAUAACCAUUUGCAUUUGUUUUAUUUACUGACUUUCAACACCCACGUAAUGAGACUCGCGAGUCAGAAGAACGAACAAUCUACGCAAUGGUUGGACUUUGCUCUUCAAAUAUCUCAGAAAUUCCCGCCGCUUCGGUUGCUCGAGAUUUGCACCAAGGUGGUCAAGUUUAUUAGAAUCUUGCCGAUCGAUCUCGAGGAAGAGCAGGGCAGAAGAGAGGCGAUGAAAUUUCAGUACAAAGAUAUUUACGAUGUAACCAGGUCGACGCCGAAAAGCCUUAGACACUACAAGAUGACGGCUGUGCAGUUUCUGUGCCAGCUCCUUUCGUCUGAGAAUUUCAUCAAUCGCAUGGCCAUGCUAAACCAGGACGAGACAGACAAUAUGAACAAUUUCUGCGAUCAACUGGCGAUCGAGAUAAUCCUGUUGAUUCAGAUCAUCUUGAAUGCCGCCGAUCAGCAUCAGAAUAAGCCGAGUGCCAAAUAUUGGAAGGUGCUACUGCAUCAUGUGUACGACAUGUUGGAGUUGGUUUACAAUCUGUUGCCAAAUAUUCUAUUUCUGGAGAGUAUUAAGAAUCUACUAAAACAUGAAUGGCCAGUGAAGAAAAAAGCUAUUGAAUUGUUAAACACAAGAUUGCUCCAGAAGAAAUUUGGUAAGGAAAUGCACGGAGAUCUUCUGAGUUUGAUCGAACCUUUGGCAAAAUUCUUCAAAGAAGAAACUAAAAACCAAGAUCAAGAGAUUGUACAACAGACAGCUUUAAUAUCUAUGAAGCUGCUAGCGAAAUUACUGGCCGUUGAUCACCCUGAUGUUUUUCUACCAAGUUUGGAUCUGAUGACAAAAUUAUUGCUGCUGAAAGAUGGCCCAGUAUUGGCCAGUGCAGCCUUGGGCGUAGCGGAAUUAUGCAGUUCAAUGGGAACGCAUGCGCUGCACUUACUAAAUAAAUUCGUACCUACGAUUUUGAAUUUACUAAAAACUCAUUGCCAUCAGAAUUCGCCGGACGUAACAAUCAUCAGCAUCGUAAGUGCUUUGCAAAAGAUAGUGGAGUCCCUGGGAAAUUUUCUAUCGCCCUACUUGGACCAACUAUUGUUUGAACUGACGAUGCUGAGCUCACGAUAUACUAAUAUGGAGCAUCCCAAGGCCAGUAUCGUUCUUUCACGACUCAAAGCAACGACGCACGACUUAGCGUCUUGUUUACCUCUGCGAGUGUUGCUGCCUUCUGUUAGCGAAACUUACGAAACGCUAUUAAACAAGAAGACUUACGAAUGCAUACCGUCAUUGAUGAAUGUGCUAACCGAGUCUUUUGACGAUAUGCAACCAAAGGAACUGAAGGAAGAGAUCGACAACCUCACCGGUUUCUUCCUCAAGGUUCUCGAAUUUCGCGAAAGAACGGAGAAUGAUAUGGAGAUGGAUGAGUACAACUCGCAAGUUUCCUUAAAAUGUCACAUCGUUGCGGUUGAGGAAAGCGCCAGUAAGGCAUUGGUGGCAUUGCUCUUGAAGUUGAGCGAGGUAACAUUUAGACCGUUUUAUGACAUGCUCUAUGAAUGGGCAGCGAUUGAUACGCAGCACAAGCAGCGAAAUAUAACGUUCUACAGAUUAUCGGCAAAUAUAGCAGAGUGCCUGAAGUCCUUGUUCGUUUUGUUCGCUGAGCUCUUUUUGAAGCAUGCAGCAUCAUUGCUGAGCAGUAACAACACAUUCGUAACGGAUACCCCGCAGGCAUUAACACUUCCCGAUGAAUCGAGCAGAAUUGAGUUGAUAGAGGCGAUUCUGCUGACGCUUCACCGAGUAUUCGGUUACGAUGUACAUAACUUCGUCAGUCAGGACCGAUUCGAGAUUCUCAUGCAACCGAUAGUGGAUCAGGUGGAAAAUACAAUGGGCACGAGAGAGGAAUACGAGAGUCGAGCUAACCGCCUCAUUGUACCUUGCAUAGCAGCUUUUGCCAGCGCCAUUUCGGACGAUUCACUGCACAAACAACUAGUCUACCAGACGUUGCUGAAGACGAGGCACGCAAAGCCUUACGUCAGGAGCACCGCUUUGAAAGCAUUGGUGGAAAUCGCAAGGAAACUCGGUGAAGAUUUUAUGCCAUUGUUGCCGGAAACUCUGCCAUUUUUAUCGGAGAUGUUGGAAGAUGAAGACGAAGCUACAGAGAAGUGUGCGCAGAAUGCUGUUUGCACUUUAGAAGAAAUUUUAGGCGAGCAAUUACAGAAAUAUUUUUAAAUUUUUUUAAGUAUAAAUUAGACUGAAUAUAUAAAUGCGUAUAUAUGCAUAU